AUGCGUACCUACGACGACUCCUUCAGCGGCCAAAAGAUCUACCCUGGCAAGGGUAAGCUGUACGUCCGUGGCGACAGCAAGAUCUUCCGCUUCCAGAACGGCAAGUCCGAGUCGCUCUUCCUCCAGCGCAAGAACCCCCGCCGCAUUGCCUGGACUGUCCUUUACCGUCGCCAGCACCGCAAGGGUAUCUCUGAGGAGGUUGCCAAGAAGCGUUCCCGCAAGGUUGUGAAGCACCAGCGUGCCAUCGUCGGUGCCUCUCUCGACGUUAUCAAGGAGCGCCGCUCCCAGCGCCCCGAGGCCCGUGAGGCUGCCCGCAAGCAGGCCAUCACUGACGCCAAGGAGAAGAAGUCCGCCGCCGUUGCCCAGAAGAAGGCCGACAAGGCCAAGAACGCCGCCUCCAAGGGUGGUGCUCAGCGCAUUGCCAGCAAGCAGGGUGCCAAGGGCUCUGCUCCCAAGGUCGCCGCCAAGUCCCGCUAA